AUGCCUUCAUCACCAAGGCAUGAAAAGCCAGAGGUGGUGUCUAUUUCACCACUUCUUCAGCGACUCGCCUACCCCGCUACAGCGGAUAUCCGAGUUAGCGCCGAUGACAUCGCCUCUGCUUUCGCCCUCAUCUUUGAGGACCGCUUAUCUGACAUUCAAACUGCGGCGCUUCUCACCCUUCUUCACUCUACGGGAAAAGACAAGCAGGCUGAUGUCAUUGCGAAAUGUUCCCAUCGCAUGAGAGAAGCUGCCUCUCAAAUCGAAAAGUCAGAGCUCCGGAAAAUUGUCAGGACUCGCGGAAGACGUGAAGGCAAUUAUCAAGGUGGACUGUGUGACAUUGUCGGAACCGGUGGAGACUCCCACUCAACAUUCAAUGUCUCUACGACGUCGUCAAUCAUCGCGUCGCCAUUGCUGAUGACAGCGAAGCAUGGUAACCGGGCCCAAACCUCAUUUUCUGGAUCAGCCGACGUUCUAAAUGCCAUCCAACCCAUUCCUCCCAAUAUCAACGCCGUGAACGCCACCAACAUUGCCAAGGUUUACGAGAAAACCAAUUAUGCCUUCCUUUUUGCACCAAACUUCCACCCGGGCAUGAUGUAUGCCAACCCCGUCCGACGUGCUCUCGGUCUGCGAACCAUCUUCAACCUGAUGGGACCCCUCGCCAACCCCAUUGAAUGGGCGAUUGAGGCUCGAGUGGUCGGCGUGGCGUACCAAAGUCUGGGCCCUGUCUUCGCUGAUGCAUUGAGACAUGCUGGCGCGAAGAAGGCUCUGGUCGUCUGUGGUGCUGAGGAUAUGGACGAGAUCAGCUGUGCAGGCAUUACGAACUGCUGGAGACUUACAGAACAUCCCAACCCGGAGUACAAGCCCUCAGAGGACAACGUGGAGGAAGAGGAGAAUGACGACGACGACGAUGAAGAAGAAGAAGACCCGAACCCCAAGACCAUUGUCAAGAUAGAUACUUUCCAGCUGCACCCCUCAGACUUUGGCUUGCCCACCCACGCUCUCACCGAGGUGGGCGGGCGUAAGCUCCCCAAGGACAACGCGUUGAAGCUCAUGAGCAUUCUGCGCAAUGAGCUUGCUCGUGACGAUCCCAUCCUUGAAUUUGUGCUCAUGAACGUGGCUGCUUUGCUGGUCACGUCGGGUAUUUGCGAAGCAGAGACCAGUGACAUGGGCCACGGCGAUGAUGGCAAGGUCAUCACUGAGCGCGGCCCCGGCGGCGGGCGCUGGAAGGAGGGUCUGCGUCGCGCACGCUGGGCGAUUGAGAGCGGCCAGGCUCUCAAGAAUCUGGAGCAAUUCAUCGAGGUCAGCAACCAGCUGUGA